AUGGAGAAAGAGAAGUUCCAGCAGAAGGCUCUGAAGCAAACUAAGCAGAAGAAAUCCAAGUCGGCUGAAUUUCUGAUGGUAAAAGAAGAGAGAGCAGCAACAGAAGGCAUUGAAAAUCCAGCUUUUAACAUCAGCAGCACACAUCUUUCAGCAUAUCAGCUUUCAGAAGAGAAAGUUAUUAGACAUGACAAGCCAGAUAGCACCCUUGCAGCUCACCAACAAAAACUCGGGCUGCAAGCCCAUGCUGAACCAAGAGGAAAUGAAUACAGCAGAAAUUACUUUGACCCGUUGAUGGGUGAGGAAAUAAACCCAAGGCAGUGUGGGAUGGAGGUCAGUGAGGAAGAUCCUGUGAAAUUUGAUGAGCAAAUCCUUUACUCUAAACUGAUGAAGCUUCUAGAUGAAGAAAACAAGAUGCUGGACUUCCAAGCCCGUGUCGUCAGCGAAGAUUUUCCGGACGCUGUAAUGCCUGUCAGCUCUAGUAAGGCAUGUGACCUUCACUGGGAGCUUGAAGAUGAAGAGAUUCCUUCAUAUAUCGAACAGUUUGAGAGAGAUGUUCAGGAUGACAUAAUUCUGCUUGGCAGCUUUUCACUGGAACAGGGACAACCAGUAGAAGAUCCAGACAUGACAAAUGCCCUUGAAUGUUCAGCAAGAUCUUUGAACAGUGCAGGUCAUGGCUCCUCUCAGGAAGAUGCAGGGAGUUCCCUUGACCUCCAGCAUGGCUCAGGGCCAGCCCAGAGCCGUGAACAGCUUGCUGAGCCUCCACCUUCUGAGACCCACCAUGCUUUGUCUGUGCCUGCGCUGGCUCCACCUGCAGUAGUGGGAAGUCAGCUACUGAAAACAGAGCAGAGUGGAACUGAAGAAGAAAUGGUAGCCAGCUUUGGUAACCUUACAGAUGUGAAUACUGGGUUAAAUGGAGCAGCAGGACCUUGUGGGAAGGUUGACUGCUCCAAGAUGCCACAGCCACUAGAAAUUCACCUCAGAUGCCUGAGGGGAGUCAAAGAUAAGGUCCCUAAAGGCCUCUACACUCUCAAAGUUUCUGUUCUCAGCCGCUUAGGUGGUGCCUUGGUAGAGUGGCCUGAGCUGGAGGAGCAGCCUCAGGCCAGGACGACGCGGCCUGUUAGUCAUGGUGGAAACUUCUACAACACUGAAAUCUACUUUGGACAAAGUAUCCAGACAAUAAUUAAACUACCGCAGGAUUCAGAUAAGCAAAAUAAGUGUGGUAUGCAUGUUCAUCUGCCACCCGAACUUCUUAUGUGUUCAAGCACUGCUGAAAAGAAUGGUGUCUCAGAAAAGGUUGUACAGUCUGGACCACAAGGGCAACCUCUGACCUCCCCGAAAGAUCCUGACACCCAUAAGGGAAGUAUUCCCACUGUUGUAAAGGAAGUGGAAAAGCAGUUUAAUGCUGCGAAGGGAGGAGAAGCGUGUGUGUCAGAAGAAGCUGUGAGGAAAAGAGAAGAGUUUAAAAUGCUUCCAGCAGAGGAUUACCAAGAUUGCCAUGACAAUACAGACAAGCACUGUGGCUCGUAUUGGCUGAAGAAAGUCCAAGAAAAACAUCACAAGGUCAGCAGGAAUAAGCCACCUGACCAAUGUUACGAAGAAAAAUCAGGUCCCGAGAGCAAUAAAAGCCAAGAAGAAGGGAAAACAUCUCCAGAGAGCAAUUUUUAUUUGGAAGACUUGGAGAAAUACACCUUUUCUGUGUGCUGCCACUCUGCUGCUGCUGAUGUGAAAGUGUCCAGGCAGGUUGUGGAGCGUUUCCACUUUGUGGUGUACACGGCCUUUUCAGAGCUGGGAGCCACACGCUGGCGCUCCAGAGACUUCUGGCUGGUUGCACUGCUGGUGGUUUUGCUUUGGUUCCUGAGACUUUACCUGCAUUACUUGAGCCAGUGGCUCUUCCUUCGGACAAUCUCAGUUCCUGUUACAAAAUUCCAGCUCUUCCCUCACACUGUGGAACUGUGCUACCAGAACUCCUUGCUGCACACCAGUGAAGAGUUGGCCAUGGUUGUGGUGGGACCCCUAACCUUGAAUGCAGGGCUGCUUCUCAUGGUCCUGAUCAGAUGGGGCUGUCAGCAGCUGUUUGACUCAUUCCCUUCCUUCUUGUCAAAGUUUAUCAUAGCUAUGGGACUAUGGACAGUGCUAGACCCCUUGGCAGUGUUUGUAGUGGAUUCAUUCCUGGGGCGAUUUGGGAACAGCGUAGAGAAACCCAUUGCUGAUGCUGCAAAACUCUCCUGGGUGUUUCUAAGAGCAGGGGAGUCAGGAGUUCCUGGUGCCUUAAUCACAGUGAUGCUUUAUACCAUCCUGUUCAUGAUCUCAUCAACAGUGUUGUACCUGUAUUUUUUAAGGCUACAUAGCGAAGGUUGGCUGUUGGAUGUAUUUCGACGUAUUCAUGGUGAGGAGGGUACAUUCUUUGUUCCACUGGACUUGGAGAUUUCCAGUCAGGAGCUGAGCUACAUUAUGAAGAGGGCUGAGCAGUGGAGAGGAAUCAAUGGUGAAAGACGGAUGGUGAGUGGUGAACAGUCUCCAAAAAGAGUCUGUGGUCCAAAUUAA